AUGACUUCUCCCUCAUCAAACAUGAUACUCCAGAUGUCUCCUCUCUUUUCGCCAUUGUUCGUACUAUUGCUGCUAGUGUUUGCAUUCCGAUUUGCACAUGCUGAUAGUGCUGAUCUAGAUGUUGGUGUUGAUAUUAGCUCUGGUGACACAGCAAGUGUUGCUAUCAGGAAGUUCUACUUUAAUAUCACCUUGGCCCAACUCAAUCCAGAUUGCAAUGCAUCAUUCAUCAGUCCUGUGAUCAAUGGUCAGUUCCCGGCUCCAGCUAUCCAUGUGGUGAAGAAUGAUAUUAUUCAGCUGCACAUCUACAAUGAUCCCUCGCACAACUUUAGCUCCAGUAUCCACAUUCAUGGUAUCAGGCAGUAUAGCUCCAAUCGCUUUGAUGGUGUGGCUGGUAUUACUCAGAUGGCCAUUGCUCCCGGAGAGACCUUUGUCCAGGCAUUUCAGGUGCUGAAUCAAACGGGCACAUUCUACUACCAUGCUCACGUAGGCGUACAAGACGACACUCUUCAGGGCCCAUUUAUUGUACAUGAAACCCAGGAACAUUUAGAGAACCACGCCAAGAAUGAAAUUAUCUUGCACUGGACUGAAUGGUGGCAUCAAUCCUUCCAUGACCGAUUUGACUACUACAUGGGUCCUCAAUUCAUCGGUGAUGGUGGUCCAGACAGCGUGCUGCUCAAUGGUCGUUCCAUCUAUGCCAACACUUCCAUCAAUGCUGCAGGUGCCACUUCUUUGGAUUGCAAAGGCUUUACUUACUUUGAUGUAGAACCCAACAAGACGUAUUUGGUGCGUGUUAUUGGUGCUCUUACUUUCCGUACACUGGGUAUUGCUGUGCAGGGCCAUGACAUGACGCUGGUGGAAAUUGACGCGGAACCCGUGCAGCCUCACAACGUCUCCUACCUUGAGAUAUCUCCAGGUCAACGUAUGGCUUUCACUCUUACAACAGGAAACCAUGCUGCUGGAUCCAUCUUCCCCAUCGUAUCUAAUUAUAGAUAUAGAGGGCAAGGUCUAGGAUACACACCUAAUGGCUAUGGCUUUCUUCGCUAUGUCGAUCCUGCUGCUGCUGCCAACAAACAAGAAUCUAUCUCGUUUUUAACCACUCCCCUCGUCAAGGACUUGCCAAACAACAUCUUUCCCCUUGUUGAUACGCCUGGCUGGAUCACGAGUGAGCUCAAGUCUGGAGCAAGCUAUCCCACCGACUUUAUAUUGUCUGAACCUGCUACUCGCACCAUUAAGCUUACCUUGAAGGAAGUUGUGAUGCCUGACAACACAACGCGUUUCAUCACGAAUGGUAGAGCCUUUGUUGCCGAGCCUUGGGGUAACUCUAGCAUGUCCUUGAUUGACCGCGUGCUGGCUGAACCUGCCUUGGGUGCUAUGGAUGCCAAUGACGGCUUUUCGUUUGCUCACCAAACCUAUCCCUUAGAGUUGGGUGAGAUUGUUGAUCUGGUGUUCCAAAACGUACAGCUUCCUGCGGGUAUUUGUGUUCUUCAUCCUUGGCACACGCAUGGACAUUCUCAUUAUCUGUUGGCUGAAGGUCCUGGCGAUUACGUCCAUGAAACAGAUAAAGAUAUUCGCACCUACCCGAAUCCUAUCUAUCGUGAUGUGAGCAUCACCUACCCUCGUAGCGUCAAUGGUACUGCGAAUUGUGGUUGGACCAAAGUGAGAUUGUUUACGGAUAACCCUGGUGUCUGGCCUGUUCAUUGUCAUAUCACUGCUCACAUGCUGCAGGGCAAAAUGGUUGUUCUAGAAGUCGCCCCAAACAAGCUGGAUGGCUACUAUGUUCCCGGUGGCUAUCUAUCUCCCAAGCGAGAUGAUUCAUCGGAUAAAAACGUCACUGUUAAACCUAUGGAUCAAUUGGACGAUGCUCCUCAAAAUCAAGAUGAUGAGGGCCAAGACCAUGGCGACGAUGAUGUUCAAAUGGAAGAAGGCAAGGAUGAUUCCGAUAAAGAAGGCAAUGGUGAAUAUCAAGAUGGUAGAGGUGGUGUUGGUUCUCAACAGCAAGUGGAUUAUGAAUCGAAACAGAAAGGUGAUGACCAGUACGGUGAAGACAGCUAUGAAAAUCAAGAUGAAGCUGGUAAUGGCGCUUUGGAGGCUCAGAAUAAAGAAGAUACCUACGAUCAGGAGAUGGCGAAUGAGGGUGUUAAAGGUGGCUAA